AUGUUAACACUAAAAGCACUUCAAAAAAUAGAAAGCACAGAGAUUGAUCUUUCUACUGUGGAUAUUCAUUCUGUGGCAACACUAAUGCAAGAAGUAUUAUGGUGUUGUGAAGAGCGUAUUAUGCCUAAAAAAGUGUGGCGACAGAUCAACUAUACAACAUGUAGCUUAAAUGAACUGAUGCCUUAUUUAUCAAAAAAUGCCAUUUGUUUACUUCUCAAGAUCAUUGAUUUUUUGACUCAAGUCAUGUGUUACAAAAAUGACAAUGACAUGAGUGCUUAUCGGCUUGGUGAAGCUAUGGGAAAGGUAACACUCGGACCAACGGAUUGUGGUCCUAUCCUGGCAGAAAAAGCAGGUCACUUCCUCACUUGUUUGAUCAUUGAACAUGCGAGCCAGAAACCAACCUGUUUAUUCAAGUCAGAAACGACACUCGCCAAGGCCAAGUUUUACAAUCGUUCAAUUUAUAAGGUUCAAAGGCGCAACCAAGACUGGUUGGUUUAUACACAAGAAGCACUGUAUGCCCUGAUGGAAAAUACGUAUGUACAAGAACCCUUUUCGGAAGAGCCUUAUUUGUCUAUUUUCUCAUCUCAACUGGAUCCCUGCUAUGCUCUGGUUUCUCCUAUGAUGUUUCGACUGGUAGAUAGGGCAAUACAUCCUGAACCUGAGGAAUAUCUUGAACCUAUAUUCUCUAAUGACACAAUAGAUCGUCAUGUUCAGACUGCUUUUGACACCUUUGUGCCUUUGCUUGAUAAGCCAGUCCCGUGCAUACAAGAGCAUAGGUCAUCGUUUGGCAAGACCAUGAAAACCUAUAUCGAGAAACGAAUACCUCUAUCAAUUGGUCAUAAGACUACAAAAAAGCAUGACCAAGUUAAAAAUAUUGUAAAAAAGGUCUUCAAAAUAGUGCCUAUCAAAAAAAGCUGA